AGAUGGACGAAUCGAGCGUGGCGCAGCAGCUCACUCAGAUGGCGGACUUCAUCCGCAAUGAGGCCGUCGAGAAGGCCUCCGAGAUCGAGGCCGCCGCCGCCGAGGAAUUCCAAAUUGAGAAAUUACAACUGGUCGAAGUUGAAAAGAAGAAGAUCAGGCAGGAAUAUGAACGGAAAGAGAAACAAGUUGAUAUCAAGAAGAAAAUUGAAUACUCAAUGCAACUCAAUGCUUCCCGAAUUGAAGUUCUUCAAGCACAGGAUGAUUUAGUAAAGUCUAUGAUGGAGUCAGCUGGGAAAGAGCUACUGUGUCAGAGCCAAGACCAUCAAUCUUACAAGAAACUUCUCAGUAUACUUAUUGUUCAGAGCUUGCUGCGCCUGAAAGAGUCAGCGGUCAUUCUCCGCUGCAGGGAGGAGGAUCUUCAGCUUGUUGAAUCAGUUUUGGAGUCAGCAGGGAAUGAAUAUGCGGAAACAGCAAAUGUACAUCCACCUGAAAUUGUGUUAGACCGUCAAGUCUUUCUGCCGUCUGCUCCCAGUCAUUACAAGGCACAUGACCUCUCCUGCUCUGGUGGAGUUGUACUGGCUUCACGAGAUGGAAAAAUUGUCUUCGAGAACACAUUGGAUGCUAGACUAGAACUGGCUUUCAGAAAGAAGCUACCAGAGAUCCGUCAAAGCCUUAUUGGGCAGGUUGCUGCGUCAGCGUGAACAAUUCUUCUUAAACAGAAUGCUGCCCAGUUGCUGCUUGACAUCUCUUGACGGUUAUCUCCAAUAAGU